AUGACUUCCAGUGAUGACGAGUGGCGGAAUCCCCCCAGCACAGUUAUGCGGAGAAAUGUGGGCGGGAAUGAGGGGGAGGACGCCAUGCUGGCAGCUCGUAGACAAGCCAUUCAGCGGCAACGCGACGCUGCGGCAUUGGGCCCCACACCGCGCCAACAGGCGGCCCAGCAAGUCGCUUUUGCGCCGGAGCGGUUGGCGGUGAAGGUACCAGCAUCGCAAACGCAAGAGAUAGGAGUAACGGAGGAGAUGCUCGAAUCUUUGCGCCGUGAGUUAGACGCAAAGAAAAAGUUGCUUGUGGCGGCAAAGGAGAAGGAAACUUCUCUGAGAGACAGAUGGCGUGCGCUGAAGGCGCAACGACUCGCGGAGAUUGCGCAGCUUGAUGCCAAGCUUCGUCACCACCAUGAUGCCAUGGAAGAUGUAAAAGCGUCUGCGGAGCGGGAAGUUAUUGAGGCACAGGACGCACAGCAGCAGUACCUGCAAGAAGAACGUGAUCGAGUCACAGCCUCCAUUCGUGGGCAGUACGAGCCGCAGCUUACGGACUUACGUACCCAGUUGGAAGAGCUACAACAGCAGGAAGCCAAACUGCAGGCGGAAUUAGCUGCAGGGGACACUGCUAAGGAUCUCGUGCACAAAUGUGUAGGUAAAGCGCUGGUUACACUGUUGCAGCGUGUGGAGGACAUGUUCGCGGCCAACGCCUCAACGAUGGAAGCUUGGGAGGACGAGGUGCAACGCCUCGUCCGCCAUGAAGUGCGUUCCUCGUUUGCUGUCACGACAGGCAGCGAGGCACAGCGGGAGCGUGAGGACUUGCAGAAACUGUUUCAGGAGUCGCUCGACUUUUGGCGCAAGGCUGAGGAUGCGGAACGGGAACAGGUGCUCAAAAUGGAUGAGCAGUUGCUGUUGGACACACAGUCGAUGGUACACGACGACCUUGAUAGGCUUCAGCGUGAAGAGCUAACUAUGGAAGAGAUGUACGCGGAGUCGCGCGAGUUGUGGGCGUCGCAGCACCAAGAAAUUUUAAAGCGUGAGAUGGAGGCAGCUAUGAAUCGUCGAGCAGCAGAGCACGAGGAGCAGCGGGAGCUUCGUCAUCAAAUGCACUUGGAGCGUAUGCGGGCCGUGGAGGAAAAUCACCACGACAUGUUGGAAAAACAGCGAUGGUUUCACGAGAAGCACAUGGCGCUGCUACGGGAGCAGCACACCAAAGAGGAACACCUCGCCGAACAACGAAGUCGCGUUAAUGCUGCCAUGCAAGCCGACGUUGCACGCGCCACGGAAGAAUUCAACCGCAUUGUGCACGCCGUUGAGGCGCUGCUGAAACGAAUCAAGGAAUAUCGAGCCGCGGUUGAGGAUGGCCGUGUAGCACUAGAUGGCGAUCGUCGGCGGGCGUUAGAGGCCCGAGAAGAGACACUCACAAUGCUUCAGGAUAUUGUCACGAAGCAGAGUGUCUCCGUUGGGGAAGAGUAUAACUCGCUUAUGGCGACGCUAGGCAAGUUAGAGGUUGUGCGCCGUACUGUGGAGCAACACCUUGAGGAGGAACGUCUGUGGUUGGGAAAACAGGAGGCGAAGUGUGCACACAACAAGAAAGAGUGGGAGAUGGAGUACAGACGAUGGAAACAAAUGGUUGAGGAUGAGAAAUGCAACGUGCAAGAACGCUUUGGCCGCGUGCUUGCAGAGCUACGGGAGGCCACAGUUCAGCUGGCGGACGAGGAGCGUGAAACUCAGGCAGAGCAGGCCUCUAUGGCGUUGUGGUUCCGCAAUGCCUGCAACAAAACAGAGGCCGAAGUACGUCAACUGCGUCAGCGGGAGGAGGAACUUAAGGGACGACACGACACAAUGGUAAAUCUUCUUGAUGAGAUGCGUCGGAAAACGGAACAAAUAGAAGAACAAUGGCGACGGUUGCGGCAGGAGCGUCAAGACCUCAUUAAAGACAAAGAGGCGCUACGGGAGGAUGAGAUGCAGCUGCGUCAGACAAGGCAGUACAUGCACCUACUUCGUGAACAGCUAGACAGCAAACGCAUGGAGACGGCACAGGGCCGUGAGCGGGUAAAUACUCUUCGGCAGGAGCUGCAACUCUCCCAAGAGGCGGUAAAGAAGCUACCAAAGGCAAGACCUGAAAACCGUCAAAAUAUGUAUAUCCCGUUCCCAUCGGGCUCCCGCCAUGUCGUACCAACAGCCACACAAAACGCCAAUCGUCUACCACUCCGUGUGCUUCACGAAUUGCGCGAGAUGCUUGGCAAAACGAGACAGCAUCUUCCAUUUGCAGCAGCAGCCGCAGAGCCACCCCGGCCCGCGACGAACCUUUCAGGCGUCUUCACCACCGCCAGUGUGAGCCCCCCACACCACGGCAUGGCACCCCGACACGGCCAGCCACACUCUCAUGCAACACACCAGUCGGGGGGUCGGUAUAUUGACCCCGUCGACAGCUCCAGAGACACCUCGACGCAGUUCUACGACACCUCCAUCAACAACUUCACAAGUCUUCUUAACAUCUCAGAAACGGAGUCAAUGCAGCAGUCACCACCCAACUCAACAUGA